ACCCUGGAAUUUGUGUGUGCUGAUACCCCAUCGCUCAGUCGCUGGAAACUCGUCGAAAUAGUCGCGUCUUGUGUUGAAGAUCGGUUGAACUGAACAUGACAAUCGAAUGGGCUCCUCUCUGGGUUCCGCUGGAACGGCGGCUCCAGACCCUGGUUACGUCGUUCUUCACCUAUACCUUCUUUACGCUGCCCAUCUCGUCCUGCCUCGCCGUCGUUAUCCUGCUGUACUACGGCGAAAUGUUUGUGCGUAGUCUGCUUCUUAUCUAUUUUGUAAAAAUUUAUUUGGACUAUAAAAGAAAUUACGGCAUUAUGGAAGGUAAUGGCUGGUUAUUCUACCGCAGUAAUCGAAGAUAUCGAAACUAUUUCCCCGUCGAACUUGUGAAAACCGCGGAGCUGCCUCCCAACAGAAACUAUAUCGUAGCAAGCUUCCCACACGGAAUACUUGGAACUGGAACUUGCAUUAACAUGAGCCUGGACAUCGGCAACUGGCUAUCCCUUUUCCCGCAAGUUCGACCCAAGAUCGCCACCCUGGAUCAUCACUUCAAGACGCCUUUUCUGCGGGACAUAGUGCGCUGGUGGGGCAUGGUAUCGGUUUCCAAGGAAUCCCUGGCCUAUUUACUCAGCAAGUCAAAUGAUCCCAAGCACAGGGAUAACUUGGAUGGUUUCACAUCCAAUGCGGUGGCCGUACUUGUUGGUGGCGCCAAGGAAGCCAUGGACUCGCAUCCGGGACAAUACAUUUUAACCUUGAAGAAUAGGAAGGGUUUCGUCAAAAUGGCUGUUCGAACCGGGUCGUCGAUUGUGCCCUCGUUGUCCUUUGGCGAGGUGGACAUAUUUGAUCAGGUGGCAAAUCCUCCGGACUCCUCGCUGCGUCGCUUCCAGAAUGUGGUCAAGAAAUUCACAGGCAUUUCACCGCUUCUUCCCAAGGGUCGCGGUAUCUUCAACUACAACUAUGGCAUUUUGCCCCAUCGACGACGUAUUGUCCAAGUUGUUGGUUCCCCCAUCGAUGUGGAAAAAUGCGAGACGCCCGAUCCCGAAUAUGUGGACAAGAUCCAUGGGCAGGUGAUAGACGCGCUGGAGAGGAUGUUCGAUGAAUACAAAGAGAAGUACACUCCAAACUCAAAGCAGAACAAACUGAUAAUACAGUGACUCAGUAGAGUGCCUUAGAAUGUGAUUUUAAAUAGUAUUUAGGAAACUUUUGAAACACAACACAGUUUUAGACUAAUUCAAAGAAAGAUCAUGUUUUGUUUUUUUCCUUUUAUUAGUUACCAAUUAAAUUUGUUACCUUGUAUGUACUUAUAUAUACAAAAAGAACAAGGAGCUGGAUUCUCGAAUUUUGGAAAAACUUAACUUAAUUUCGCAUUUUGUGCCACGACGAUCAUUCUUAAUCUCGUUUCCGAUUUAACAACUAUAAGGAAUUGGUGCUACGCUAGAAAGAAUCGAUCGCAAAAUUCCUUUCGAAGGUACAAUUUCAUUAAUUUAGCAACAAAUCAGUUUUAGUCAAUAUUUUAUUAUAUUUCUUUCGGUUCGGUUUGGUUUAGUUUUCGAAUUUCGAUUUUUAACGCUAAGCAAUAGCAAUAUUAGAAGGGAAAGUUGGGGGAAAUAUUAAGAUUCAAUGAGAUUACUAGUUAAGUACUUGUGGGUUGGCUUUAAGAAUUACCUACAAAUAUUCAAAUAUUACGAAAAGUAUUCGUCUAAAUAUAUACUUUUUAGAAAGGAACACUUGGCAUAACUUGGAUUCUCCUCGACUUGGGACUCUCUUGAGUAAUAUUUCGUUUUUGAAUUUUCAAUAACAGUUGAGUAAGCCAUAGGAUGGGCCACCAUAUCUAUCUAGGCGAAUCCCGAUUGUUGUACUCCUGUAAGGUGGUUCUCAUGCAAGCAUAACGUUUGAGUACACUAUAGUAUGAUUCUGAUUAUUGUUAGAGCUGGCAGGGAACUUAGUGAACCCCAUAGCACACUCUGGUUAAUUUUCCUAAAUUCUGCUGGUGAGGCAAUACAAAAUACGUAAUUGGCAUAAUUGUCGGACGAACUGCCUACGACAUAUGUAUGUACAUAUGCAGGUGCCUAUAAGAGCCUAUGUCCAAAAACUAUCUCACUUUGGUGUUUCGCUAUAACUCUACUUGAUUUCUCAUUUUAGGUACUAGCCAGGCUGCCGAUUGUGGUUCGUGGAAAGCGCAUUUGUCGUUUAUCUAAAUUUCAUAUCGUUCUUAAUUUUUGGUUUUUGCUUUUGGGUAUUCGUUUCGUUUGGUUUUUAGUUUUAAAUCAAUCCCUGAGUGCAUUUUACUUUGCAUGUAAUUGCGUAGUUGCUAAAUCAACUGCUGGUGUUGGCUGUGGCUGUCUUUUGGCUCUUCAACUGGUGGUGCGCAGUGUUGUAAGUGUGUGUUUGAGUUUGAGUGGCUCUGCUUUCUGAUUACUGCCAGCGAGUGCGCCAUAAUUGAAUCGACUAAUUACAAUACCUAUAUAUCUCACAAUUACAAAUAUAUAUGUACGUAUAGCAGUGGCGUGCUAUUGGCUUUGAUUCUGGGGCUUUCUUUUUUCUUUGAGCGCAAACGGUGCAUGGAAGAUAAAGGGACGUGUCUCGAGUUGGAAAUUCUCCUGCGCCUAAACAUAUCAUAUCAAAGUUGAACAUUUAACAUUCAGUAUCAGUAUUCAGUAUACAGUAUACAGUAUUCAGUAUUCAUUACUUGUUAUUCGUUAGGUUCUUUAUUGGUGUUUCGAUUGCUGGGAGGGCCUUACGGUGAGCUCUAGUAAGUAUCUACAAAAGGUUCUGCAGGCUCCUGCUGUUCCUGCACUUCUCGGCUGCUCAGCAUCUCAGAGCUUCAAAAUAUAUGCUUCUCUGCGAGUCGAGUUCGCAUCCGUGGUUGGUUUGGUUUCGAUUGGUUUAAUUUAUUAGUUGUGUAUAUUUAGUAUAUAGUUAUGUAUAAAUACAAUUGAAUUAUAGUACGUAUGUGUGUGUAUAUGUAUGUAUAUCGGGGGAUCAAACUGCAUACGCGUUAGCUCUAGUAUUAAUACAUUAAUAAUACAAUUUGUAAUU